AUGCUCUUUCACGUUCCUCAUAAACAGGCUCCAAUCAAAGCAAGCAGACUUGCUGAGGCUGCAGCUAAAGAAAUUAUUCGGAAAAAUGAGAGUUAUACACUAGUCUCUGAUGAUGAUGAGGAGGAUGACCCAGUUCCUAUGAAGAAAGUCAAAAAGGAAAAGAAACGCCAAUUUCGAAAAAAGCAGCAAUCUUCUGAAAGCAGUUCCAGUGAAUCUGAUGUGAAUUUGGAGAGACCUGAUGACCGUGAUCUAAGCAAUAGUGAGAGUGAAGAUGAUAUGGAUGAAGAAGAAAAGGAAAGACUAAGAGAUUUGGAAGAAAGAGAUGCUUUUGCCACACGACUUCGGGAUAAAGACAAAGAAAGAACACGACAUGUCAUGUCAAAGUCUGACAGAAAGGCUUAUGAAGAAGCCAAGAAACGGUUACAGAUGGAAACUCAAGACAAACAGAAAAUGGUACCAGAACUGCGUAAGAAAUCUCGCAGAGAAUACUUAAAGAAGCGACAAAAUGAUAAACUGGAAGAAUUGGACAUGGCAAUUAAGGAUGAAGAAUAUCUUUUUGGGGAUUUAAAUCUAACAAAAAGAGAAAAGGCAGAGAUUGAAUACAAGAAGAAAGUAUUGCAAUAUGCCCAACAACACCGAGCUGCCAGAGAAAUAGAAAAUGUAGAUCGUUAUUACAUGCCACGAGAUGAUGUGAAACCAAAUGAGAGCUAUGUGGAUGAUCCAACUGAAAAAGGUCCUAACCAUGAACAGAAACGUUGGGAAGAAGAACAUCUACAUGCUGCUAUGAUGAGAUUUGGAGCAAAGGAUGCCAAGGAAAAGAACAAAGACAAAACCUAUGAUUUCAUAAUGGAUGAUGAAAUUGAAUUUGUGCAAGCACUCAAGAUGCCAGGUUCAAUAAAAGAGAAAAAGGAAGAAGGCAUUGAAUCCACUCUUUCUCAAGCUGAAAUUAAGAAAAUGUCCAUAGCCGAAACACGCAAAUCUCUUCCAAUUUAUCCAUUCCGAGAAGACUUGAUGCAAGCUGUUGCAGAUCAUCAGGUACUUAUUAUUGAAGGAGAAACAGGUUCAGGAAAAACAACACAGAUUCCACAAUAUCUUUAUGAAACAGGAUAUUGUAAAAAUAAAUUAAAGAUUGGCUGCACCCAGCCAAGGAGAGUUGCUGCCAUGUCUGUAGCUGCUCGUGUGGCUGAAGAGAUGAGCUUCAAGUUAGGAAAUGAGGUUGGAUACAGUAUUAGGUUUGAGGACUGCACAUCUGAGAGGACUGUGCUCAAGUAUAUGACUGAUGGAAUGUUGCUGCGAGAAUUUCUCAGUGAACCUGACUUGGCCAGUUACAGUGUAAUAAUUGUAGAUGAAGCUCAUGAGCGAACUCUUCAUACAGACAUCUUGUUUGGUUUGGUUAAAGAUGUUGCUCGUUUCAGGCCUGAUUUGAAACUUCUUAUUUCAAGUGCCACCCUUGAUGCCCAAAAAUUUUCAGAGUUCUUUGAUGAUGCUCCCAUUUUCCGAAUUCCAGGAAGGCGAUUUCCGGUGGACAUUUUUUACACAAAAGCUCCAGAGGCUGAUUAUCUGGAUGCUGCAAUUGUUACUAUUCUCCAAAUUCAUGUCACCCAACCCAUUGGAGAUAUUUUAGUCUUCUUCAGUGGACAAGAAGAAAUUGAAACAGCACAAGAAAUACUUCUGGAACGAACACGUAAACUUGGUUCCAAGAUCAAAGAGCUGAUUAUCUUGCCUGUCUAUUCUACAUUGCCAUCAGAAAUGCAAGCCAAAAUCUUUCAGCCUACACCUCCAGGUGCCAGAAAGAUUAUUCUGGCUACAAACAUUGCUGAGACAUCACUGACUAUUGAUGGCAUUAUUUAUGUUAUUGAUCCUGGCUUUUGUAAGCAGAAAAGUUACAAUGCACGUACUGGAAUGGAAUCCUUGGUUGUCACUCCAAUUUCUAAAGCUUCAGCCAAUCAGAGAGCAGGACGUGCUGGUCGUGUUGCUGCAGGGAAAUGCUUUCGUCUUUACACGGCUUGGGCUUAUAAGAAUGAAUUGGAAGACAACAGCAUUCCAGAAAUUCAACGAACAAAUCUGGGCAAUGUUGUGUUGUUACUAAAAAGUUUGGGGAUUAAUGAUUUGAUACAUUUUGAUUUUAUGGAUCCCCCUCCACAUGAGACUCUUGUGCUGGCUCUGGAACAACUUUAUGCACUUGGGGCCCUCAACCACAAGGGUGAGCUUACCAAGUUGGGACGAAGAAUGGCUGAAUUCCCUGUUGACCCAAUGCUAUCCAAAAUGAUUUUGGCCUCAGAAAAGUUCAAGUGCUCUGAAGAGAUCCUCACUAUCACAGCCAUGUUGUCUGUGAACAAUGCUAUCUUCUAUCGACCUAAGGACAAGAUUGUCCAUGCAGACACAGCUCGCCAAAACUUCUUUGUCCAAGGAGGUGACCACCUAACUUUACUCAACAUCUACAAUCAGUGGGCUGAAACUGAAUAUUCUACACAGUGGUGUUAUAAUAACUUUAUUCAAUAUCGAUCAAUGAAACGAGCAAGAGACAUUAGAGAACAGCUUGAAGGACUGGUGUCUCGAGUUGAGAUUGAGCCAACUUCAAACCCUGGUGACAAUAUUGCUAUACGCAAGGCAGUCACAGCUGGAUUUUUCUACCAUACAGCUCGGCUGAGCAAGUCAGGCUCUUAUAAAACUGUGAAGCACCAACAAACUGUGAUGAUUCAUCCAAAUAGUAGCAUGUUUGAGAACCAUCCUCGAUGGGUUAUCUAUCAUGAGCUUGUAUUAACAACUAAGGAAUUCAUGAGACAAGUGAUUGAAAUAGAAAACCAGUGGCUGUUAGAAGUGGCUCCUCAUUAUUAUCGGAGUAAGGAUCUCGAGGAUAAUUCAGGAAAGAAACUGCCAAAAAAUACAGGCAAAGCAAGGGAAGAAAUCACACGAAAAUACUGA